AUGGCGUCCCUUCAAAAUGGCCACGCCAAUGGCACGAACGGCGAUUCUCUUCCAGCGGCCAACCCGUUGCCCAAUCUCCGUUUUUCUGACAUUCCCUCCGCCAUCGACAUUCCCGCGUCCACCCUUGACAGUGAAGUCGAGGUCAGCCUAGAGAUUCUUCCGGAUGACCCAACCGAACUCUGCACACUGCUGGAGAAUGAAAAGGCCGCUAAGAACUUCUGGGUCACAAUCGCGCUGGCGUACGCCAAGCAAAAACAACUCGAUCAUGCCAUCGACAUCCUUAACAAAGGUCUCGCGUCGGUCGCCCAUGGAGCUACCAAAGAGAAACUCGGUCUGCUGGGAUGGGUUUGCUGGCUGUUGAUGUUGAAGAGUCGGAAUGCCCCCCGCGUUGCCCCCGAAGGAGAAUUGUACACCGAGGCGAAGACGAAGGAUCAUUAUCUCCAACUUGCGACGUCGACGUUGAACGAGGCUUCGCGACUGAAUCCGGCGUUCCCCCCUCUAUUCCUGGCGCGAGGUGUCUUGUCGCUGCUGCGCGCCUCGCUACAUCCACCCCGUCCUGUUCGUCCGGGCACCGUUGACACAUCCGAGAGGGUAGAGUCGCUGCGGCAGGCGCUCAAGUGCUUCGAUGAGUCCUCCAAGGCUUUUGGCGGUCGGAAUGUAAUGGCUAUCCUUGGACGCGCGAGAACGCAAUACUUGCUUGGGCGAUACGCCGAGGCUCUUGAGGGCUACCAGAAGGUUCUGAUGAAGAUGCCCAGUUUGACAGAUCCCGACCCGCGGAUCGGUAUCGGUAGUUGCUUGUGGCAGCUGGGCUUUAAAGAGCAGGCUAAGGUCGCUUGGGAGCGAGCUUUGGCGUUGAACCCCGACUCCAAGGUUGCGAAUAUUCUCCUCGCAGUGUACUAUCUUUACGACAGUUCACGACAUGCUACGACAGACCCGGCUUUCGGUUCAUUGUACAAGGUGGCAAUGACACAGUACACACAGAAGGCUUUCAAAAUCGACAAGGAAUAUCCGAUGACUUGCUCUUUGUUUGGCGGGUACUUCCUCCUCCGGAAGGCAUACUCAACCGUUGAGACCCUGGCCCGGAAGGCCAUCGAACACACCGAUGUCAUGCAGAUUGCCAGCGACGGCUGGUAUCUCCUCGGUCGGAAGUCCCAUUAUGAAGGCGACCUGACGCGUGCUGCGGAGUAUUACAACCGCUCCGACCAGGCUCGUGGAGGUGGUGAGAAGGGAUACCUCCCGGCCAAGUUCGGCACGGUACAAAUGCAAGUGUCCAACAAGGACUUCGAUGGAGCCAAGUUCCGCCUCGAAAAGAUCAUUCAGCAGACGAAGAAUGCCGAAUGCAUGGUCCUGCUCGGCGCGCUUCAUGCGGAGGAGGUGUUCGCGGCGCAGAGAAGCGGCAGCAAGGAAGACAAGUCGGUUGAGAUCAAGAAGGCCAUCAACCUUCUGGAAUCGGUCCGCGCCCUCUGGAAGGACGAGACUAAGAAGAUCUCGCCCGACGAGUCCGUCUUGGUGUACCUGGCCCGGCUGUACGAGCAGAGCGCUCCCGAGAAGAGCAUGCAGUGCCUCACCCAGCUAGAAGAGAUGCAGCUGGCAGAGGUUAAGGCAGCUCUUCGCGUCCACCUUCCCCCGCAACUCCUCAACAACAUGGGAUGCUUCCUGUAUCAAGCCGAGAAGAUCGAACGAGCCCGAACCAUGUUCCAAGCAGCGCUGGAUGCCUGCGUCCGAUCCAAGGAGAAGGAAAGCGAACUCGACACCGAUGCGCUCGUCACCACCAUCAGCUUCAACCUGGGCCGAACCUACGAGGCAGCCGACAUGCCGGAAGAAGCCAAGAAGGUCUACCAGGGUCUCCUGGAGCGUCACGCCGACUACACCGAAGCCAAUGCACGCUUGACGUACAUCGCCCUGCGCCAGAGCCCCACGGACGAGGGACCGAAGAAGAUGGCCAAGCUCUACGAGGCCGACUCGACCAACCUGGAAGUGCGCGCCCUGUUCGGCUGGUACCUUAGCAAGUCGAAGAAGCGGGCAGCCAACCUGGCCGAAGACCACGAACAGCGCCACUACAAACACACCCUGCAAUACUACGACAAGCACGACCGGUACUCCUUGACGGGCAUGGGCAACAUCCACCUGUCCACAGCGCGCGACAUGCGCCGCGACAGCGACCAGGACAAAGAGAAGCGGCGUAAAAUGUACGAGCGGGCCGUUGAAUUCUUCGACAAGGCCCUCCAACUGGACCCUCGCAAUGCAUACGCCGCCCAGGGUAUCGCCAUCGCACUCGUUGACGACAAAAAGGAUCAUGCUUCCGCUGUCCACAUCUUCUCCAAGAUCCGGGACACAUUGCGCGACGCCAGCGUCUACCUCAACCUCGGUCACGUCUACGCCGAGCUCCGUCAAUACACCCGCUCGAUCGAACACUACGAAGCAGCCCUAUCCAAAGACCGCGCCCGCGACGCACAAAUCCUCGCCUGCCUCGGCCGCGUCUGGCUUGCCAAGGGCAAGCAAGAGAUGAACCUACAAGCCAUGAAAACCGCCCUCGACUACGCGCAGCGCGCCCACUCCGUCGCUCCGGGCCAAGUCCACCUCGAAUUCAACGUCGCCUUCGUCCAGAACCAAAUCGCCUCCCUCACCUACGGCCUCCCGGAAACGCAAAAGACCGUCCAAGACGUCCAAGACGCCGCCGAAGGCCUCCAACAAGCCGUGGAGACCUUCAACCGCGUGGCACAGGCUAAGAACCCACCGUACCCGUCUAGCGCCUUAGAACAGCGCGCCAACAUGGGCCGCACUAUUCUCAAGCAACUCGAGCGCGCGCUCCAAAGCCAAAAGGAAUACGAAGAGAAGAACGCGGCCAAGCUCCAACAAGCGCGCGAGGCGCGCGAAGCCGAAAAGCGCCAGCGCGAAGAAGAAGUGCGCAAGGCGCAGGAAGCAGAGCGCGAGCGCAAACAGCGCGUUGCGGAGGAGCGGCAGCGCAUGAUCGAGGAAGCGCAGCGGCUGGCGGAGCAGCGCGCGGAAGAAGAACGUGCGCGUGAGGAAGCGGAACUUACCACUGAGUCGGAGACGGGUGCUAAGGUCAAGCGCAAGAAGAGGACGACGUCUACUAAGCGCAAGAAGAAGCGCAAUGAGGACGAUUUCAUCAAUGAUGGGGGCGAUUCUCCUUCCAGAGAGAGGAGCUCGGAACCGGACUCCGAUGGCGAAGCGGCGGCGGCGCCGAAGAAGCGCCGGCGUCUGGAACGUCGGUCUGGUAGUAAGGCGCAGCAGAGCAAGUACAAGAGUAGUGAGAUGGUGGUGGAUUCGGAUGACGACGAGGAGGGAGGGGCGGGUGGUGCUGAUGAUGAUGAUGAAGAUCAUGCAAUGCGUGAUACUGGGGCGAAUGAUGACGAGGAUGAAGAAGAGCAGGAUGUGGUGCAGCGUCGUCGGGCCAAGGUCAAUCGACGAGUGGCUGAUGAUGAUGAGGAUGAAGAGGAUGAGGAUGAUGGGGCGGUGGUGGCUGGAGGAGGGGGCGAAGGGGCCACAACUGGGGGCGAUGGGGGCGAAGACGACGAUGAUGGAUUAUUCAAUGACGAUGGUGGCGAUGAUGAUAUGGAUAUGAAGGAGGAUGAGUGA